CAGCUGCAAAGACCACCCAGAGGACAGGAUGCCACUUAGCAGAGCUCUGAUUCUGGGGGUCCUCGCCCUGACCACCGUGCUCAGCCGCUGUGGCGGUGAAGACGACAUUGAGGCUGACCACGUAGGCAACUAUGGUAUAAAUGUUUAUCAGUCUUAUGGAUCCAGCGGCCAGUACACACAUCAAUUUGAUGGAGAUGAGGAAUUCUAUGUGGACUUGGGUAAGAAGGAAACUGUCUGGAAGCUUCCUGAGUUUGCACAACUGAGAAGCUUUGACCCCCAACUUGCACUGCAAAACAUGGCUAUAUUAAAAUACAACUUGGAACUCCUGACUAAGAGGCCAAAUUCAACCCCAGCUGCCAACAAGGCUCCUGAGGCGACCGUGUUCCCCAAGUCCCCUGUGCUGCUGGGUCAGCCCAACACCCUCAUCUGCUUUGUGGACAACAUCUUCCCUCCUGUGAUCAACAUCACAUGGUUGAGAAACAGCGAGUCAGUCACAGAAGGCGUUUAUGAGACCAGCUUCCUCUCCAACCCUGACCAUUCCUUCCACAAGAUGUCUUACCUCACCUUCAUCCCUUCUGACGAUGACGUUUACGACUGCAAGGUGGAACACUGGGGCCUGGACGAGCCGGUUCUCAAACACUGGGAACCUGAGGUUCCAGCCCCCAUGUCAGAGCUGACAGAGACUGUGGUCUGUGCCCUGGGGUUGUCUGUGGGCCUUGUGGGCAUCGUGGUGGGCACCAUCUUACUCAUUAAAGGCCUGCAAUCAGGUGGCCCCUCCAGACACCCUGGGCCCUUAUGAGUCACACCUGGAAAGGA